AUGUUCUUGUCUUUAGGUGGAUUUGCUGUUGGUAUUCCUGGUCAGGUACGUGGUCUUUGGUUAGCUCAUCAGAUUGGUGGUAAACUUCCAUGGAAAGAUUUAUUUCAGCCGUCAAUCAAAUUGUGUCGGGAGGGUAUUGUGGUACGAAACCCACUUGCCUUUGCAAUGUCUCGUCAAACCGAAAAUAUUAAAACAUUCCAGGGAUUAAAAGAUUUAGUAGUAAACCCAGAAACAGGGCGUUUUUAUGAGGCUGGUGAUACUGUAAAAAGGCCAAAAUUAGCCAGAACUUUGGAAAUCAUCGCUAAUGAAGGUGUAGAUGCAUUCUAUAAUGGCAGAUUGAGUACAGAUAUAGUGGCGGACAUACAAGAUGCGGGAGGUAUCAUAACUGAGGACGACCUUGCUGGUUACACGGCACUACGAAAGGAUCCUGUGGUAGUUAAACUUAACAAAGACAAAACUGUGUCUUCCCCUCCACCGCCUUCCAGCGGAGCAAUUGUACAUUUCGGAUCUAAAGUUGUUGGAAGUCGGACUGGUGUAAUAUUUAACAACAAUAUGGACGAUUUCUACACAGUUAAUUAUUCUGGUGUUCCUGCAUCACCAGCAAAUUUCUUUAAACCCGGGAAACGCCCUCUUUCCUCAAUGUCUCCUAGUAUUAUAGUUGUUCCUGACGGCGUGGUAAAUCUAAUCGUUGGAGCCUCGGGUGGUACAAAGAUAAUUACAACCUCAGUAAUUAACAUAGUUACAGUUUUAACACAAUGGUUAGGUUUUAGUAUAAAGGAAGCUAUUGACCACAGAAGAUUACAUCAUCAGUUACUUCCUCCAAAUAUUGAUGUAGAAAGAGGAUUUCCACAAAAAGUACAAGACAGUGCAGGACCUGUUGUACAAGGUGUACUUCAACGACGAGAAGGUUUUGUUACUUCUAACUCGGACUUCCGCAAGGAGGGAUUGAUUGAUGGAUUUUAA